AUGCACGUCAAAAGACACAAGGACAGGCGUCUAAUUAACGGCCUGGGACCGAAUGGAGCGCUGAAGUACUGCAUGAACACAUUAUGCCGAAACCGGGAGUGGCUGCUACAGAAGAUACUCGAUAAUAAAGAUAAGUACAUCAUCAUUGAUUGUCCUGGGCAACUUGAACUGUACAAAAGCGAAGGUGAACUGUGGAAGGUGAGUAUUUACAGGAAACGUUUUUUUUAA